AUGCCUGAAAGGUCGGAAUAUAAUCUACUCUACAAAACUCUACAAAUGUCUUCGAAUUCGGAAAGAGACUGUAAAUUCAAUUGCGACAAGGAAUACAAGGAUCGCCAGGAAACUGGACGACGCCAACAGAUGGGCGAAGCAGCUGACAGCAAACUGAAUGACCAUGAAAAUGCCGUGGAUAACUGCGCUGAUAAGAUCCUAUCGAAAACCGGAGAAAAGAAUAUUAAAUUAAAUAGGCUAGAGACCUACAACUACAACGACAAUUUUUGUAACUGCUGGACAGAAUUCUUUGUGGAGAAUAAGCAGACCGCUCCAUGGGAAAUUAUAAAGCUCAUGGGGAAUCCCCCAUUUGUAAUAUACUCACAUAAGCGACCAAUGAUCAAACAACUACGGACACGAGCUCCUGUUUUGGGAAGCUUUUCGUUCUUGACGUUCGUUGGCAUGAGCAGAAGCAGUAUUGAAGGCAAUAAAACCUACCUACAACUAACUACAGCUACAAUGGAGUGCAACAAUGGAUGUCGCCACGACCAUAAAGUUCAAGAGCUCGGAAACGCUGCCAAAGAGAAGGCUAAUGAUGCUAGCAGAGCCAUUAAAAAUGCAGCUGAAUACGUCGGCGAUAAGGCUGGAGAACUGAAAAAUAAGACGAAGCAGAAGAUUCAAGAAGGAGCCGACGCCAUCAAGAGUCACUAG